GUAAAGAUCAUGUUCCUUUCGGACGAUUGUGCCUAAAGUGUCAUGUGCUAAUAAAUGAUGACGGUGUUGCAUUGAGGUACAUUCAUAAGGUAAUUUUCUUUAAAUACAUUUUAUUAAAUCUGUUCUAUAUUAUUUUAUUAACUCUUCAAUUUUAAUUAAAUUAAAAUUUAUCUGCAUGCAUGCACGCAGAAUCUGCCGCUUGCUAGUAACGAGAUGGACCGAUUACGCGACGAAAACUCGAAAAGAUUGCUACGCAAUAGAAAUCUUAGUUUGGUUCUUGAUUUAGAUCAUACACUCCUCAAUUCAGCUGACCUUUCCGAUAUUACGAGUGAAGAAACAUAUUUAAAUUGCGAAAGAGACGUUUUGCCAGAAUAUUUAAAGAGCAGCCUAUUCAGAGUGGAUACGAUGAAGAUGUUGACUAAGUUGAGGCCGUACGUGAACACGUUCUUGAAAGAAGCUAGUAAAUUAUUCGAGUUGCACAUAUACACUAUGGGCGAUCGUUCGUAUGCAUUAGAAAUGGCGAAAUUGCUCGACCCCGAAAAUAUUUACUUCAAUUCAAGAAUCAUUUCACGAGAUGACUCCACACGGAUGUUUGAGAAGAGUCUCGACGUUGUUUUGGGGAAAGAAAAUGCAACUGUCAUCCUUGAUGAUAGUGAAUCGGUAUUUUUUUUUACUAACUUAUUUAAUUUUCAAUUUCAGGUGUGGUGCAAGGAGCACAAGGAGAAUUUAAUAGUAAUAGAAAGAUAUCACUUUUUUGCUUAUAGUUGCAAGCAAUUUGGAGACGACCAUAAAUCGCAUUCUCAAUUAAAAAGUGACGAAAACGAGUCCGAAGGCGCAUUGGCUAAUAGCCUUAAAAUUCUUCAACAGAUCCAUACUAUGUUCUUUGACAUGGGGCACAAAGAUAGUCUAGAGGAUCGGGACCUGAGAAAGGUGCUGAAAAGUGUACGAAAAGAAGUAUUAAAGGGGUGUAAAGUGGUGUUUUGCGAUGAAAUCAGCUCGUAUUCGUUAGAGUUCAGGAAAACGGCGGAGGAAUUGGGUGCCGAAUUGUGCGAUGAAACAGAGGCAUGUGUUACACAUGUGGUUUCUAUUGAUUUACGAGAUGAUAAAUCGAUUUGGGCUAUGAAAGAGAAGAAGUUCUUGGUAACUCCGAACUGGAUACGAGUGUCCAAUCAUAUGUGUCGAAAGCAGCUUGAAGAAAAUUUCUCCGUUCCUCCGCCGGACAAAUAAUUUUUUGGUUCUGAAUAAGGAGGCUAGUUUUAUGAAUAGAUUGCAUCAAUUUAUGUAAUUAGUAUUUUCUUUACAAUUAUAGUAGCAAUUUUUUCUCACUCAAUUUUUUUAGUGUUUAGAGAUACAUUUACUAGAUGAAAUGGGAAUUUCUUACUUUUGAAUGAUUGUUAAACAAU